UCUCCACCGGGGGUGCGGCGCGCGCUGACAUGGCCCUCAGCGCGCCCGGGACGUCUCUGUCCCGCUGCAACAUCAAGCUGGAGUCCUUCCUGAAGCGGAACACGGAGCGAGCCGUGUACGAGCGGAUUCGAGCCUACGAACCGUGCGUUGUUGUUUCGGACACGGUGAAGAGAGUCUACAUGCACGCGGUGCUCAGUGACGAGCGCGUGUACCUGACGGAGUUCCCGCCACGCACGCUCACACCGGCCGUCAGUUACCGGUGCGUGCGCGACAUCCAGCUGAUCAACGACUUCCCAGAAUUCCUGAGCGGGAAGCACAGGGAGCGCUGCCAGCACAUACGCGUCACAUACAUCAGGGAGAGGACUCUGGAGAAGAGCUUGCAGCAGAGAGACAUCCGAAGAGACGGACUUCCAGCUUUAAGGUCCACAGCCACACAUGGAGUGAACGGAUAUCCUGCACCGAGGAGCUUGCUCGAUGGCUCCACGGAUGAGGUCCAGAUGUUGAAGACCAAGCGCUCAGCUUCUUGCCCAAACCCGGAAACCCUGGGACUGCCCAAGGUGCCUCAUCCUCCAAGCUACCCUCGCUCUGCUACACCCUCCGUCUUCUCCUCCAGUGCCCCUUCAUCGCCCCCAGACCUCAGGAUGAACUUCUCCGAUCCCAACCAGCGGAGAGUCGGGUCGGUCCUGACCCGCCUGUUGAGACGGGAUCGAGUGAGCAGCGGUGAGGAGAAGGAGGCGGAGCUCCAUCUUUACACUGUCUCACCCAGGUCCAGACUCUAUCUCCACCUGCAGAGCGCCUGGAACAGUUACAUCAUUAGAUCCACUUUGAUUUUAGACCCUUUGUACCGACAGAGGUGCCGCCCGCUAACUCACUCUACUCUUGCAGGGAUCAGUUGGGAGAAGACGACCUGUCUCUUCAACCAGCUGAGCUCCGAGCUGCUGCAGGCGGGAAACAACGUGGAGAGUUUCUAUCUGCUGCUGCAGGAGCUCAAGACAGCCGCUCACAGAGACGUCAUGCUGAGACGACUGUUCUGGAGGAGCGGUGAGGUGUGUGUGUUCCUGGUUCAAUUCCUGGAUGAGUCUCUGCUCAGUUGCCGGAGUGUCAGUGUUUACACAGCAGAUCAACUUUUACUCGGAACUCUGAUUGUGCAGACGCUCGCCGUCAUGUUCAGAGACACAGACUUUGAACCGGCGCGACUCAACCUUCUAUCUGCAGACAGAGGAGCCCUGGCCUCCAGGAUGCUGCUGAGCCUCAUUUGUGAUCCUGAACUGCAGAUCAAGAAACAAGCCGACAUCACUGACUGCCAACUGCAGGACUUACUCGCCGAGUACCUGGAUGCUUCCUGCUCACUUCUGUUUGAACUGCUGCUGUUAGGAAAUGAGGCCAGCAAGUGUUCCUCGGUGGAGAACUUCCUGUCUGUGGGCUGGAUCCUCAGAGUUCUGCAGCAGGACCCUAAUCUGUUGCCCUACAUCAGCUACCAGGCCCAGCAGGUGGUUCUGUGUCUCUCCGAACUGCAUGACUCUCCGCUGACUCCACUUCAGUCGGUGCUGCUGUUUCAGCGCUGUCGUCUCCUGCUGGCCUGUCUGCAACACGACACCCAGCUGGCCCAGCAUCUUCACCACCACUUCAGAGAGGAGUUCAGGUUCGCAGUGAAGCCCUCGUGUGUGGAGGAGAAGCUGCCCCCCCACUUUCCAAUCAGCCGACCCAUGGUUCAUCUCGUGGAGCAGAUCCUGAACCAUAUCCUACACCAAUGAUCUCUUCACCAUCUGGAGGUCCAAC